AUGGGUGUUCACAAGAAAUCGCGCAAGUUCGCUCAAGCAAAGAGAGCUAUCUCUCUCCGUGAUAAUCGCCUGUUCGUUGAACCCCUCCCCGCAAAUUUCUGCGCUUUCGGCGCCUCCUUCUCACCCAUCACGACUGACACAAAUCUAUACAGAAAGGAACCCACGAACAAGGAAGAGAAAAAGCCCAAAUCCGAUGACUUGGUCCGCGAAGCGUUCGUUUGGUCCCUCCCUUUCUCUCCCCCUCACUGCUUCCUUGCGAUUGAACUAACACAGUCUCUUCCCUUCUCUUCUAGACCCCAGGCUCCUUCGUCUCUUUUCUUCCAAUAUAACACCGCCCUGACACCCCCCUACUCCGUGCUCGUCGAUACCAAUUUUAUCUCCCAUACCAUCCAACACAAGUUGGAAAUCAUCCCCACCAUGAUGGACUGCCUCUACGCCAAAUGCACGCCCGUCAUUACCGACUGCGUGAUUGCCGAGUUGGAGAAACUGGGCCAGAAGUACCGCCUGGCAUUGCGCGUUGCCAAAGACCCUCGCUUCGAGAGAAUCAAGUGCGAUCACAAGGGUACAUAUGCCGAUGACUGCCUCGUUGAUCGGAUCAUCAAGCACCGUGUCUAUAUUGUGGCGACAAACGAUCGUGAUCUCAAGCGACGAAUUCGCAAAAUCCCUGGUGCCCCAAUUAUGAGCGUCGCAAGAGGAAAAUACGUGAUCGAACGUCUCCCCGAUGCCCCCGAAAAGUGA